GCCGCAGGCCAGGGGAAGAAACUGCAACAGAAGAAGAAGAACAACAACAAGAACAGAUGUUCACAAUAAGACGUUCAGACACUCGCCCACUAACGCUGGCAGCUUCCUGGUUACUUUCAUCGCGCAACCCACGCUCUGAGGCGGAGCCUUUAUUGGAUCACACGAUGGAAGAACCCCCCUGUUCUCUGAUUCAGAGGAGCAGCCAAUCAGCAGCUUCUGUCCAUCUUCACGCAGCGCGUCCUGCAGCCUUUAAACGGCCCAGACGACAGACGCUACGUGUGGAUAUGGAGUCCGUCCGCAGGAGUCUCUUCGGCCCCGUGGACCGCGACCAGCUGCGCGCGGAGCUGAAGCUGAGGCUGCAGCAGAUCUGCGAGCAGGACAGCCGCCGCUGGAACUUCAACUUCCAGGCCGAGACGCCGCUUCCCGGCCGGCUUCAGUGGGAGGAGAUACCCGCAGGCUGCGCUGCGUCUUUCUACCGGGAGCCGACGCCGCCGAGUGCGUCAAAGUCGGAGGACGAUGAGCGGCUGAGCGGCCGCGAUCAGGAGAACUGCUCCCGCAUCUCCAACGCAAAGUGCGCCGCUGCGGCGACGCCGGUGCGGAGGAAGAGGACGCUCCCCAAAGCGCGCAUCACAGAUUAUUUCGCGAAGAGGAGGAGGACGACAGACACCAAGAGCAUCCUGAACCAUCUUCUCUCCAGCUCCAGUGACGCAGCUCAGUGUAAAACAAUCCGAUGAGCAGAAGAGUCGAACCAAAGGCUUCACGUUUGAACUGUUGUUUUGGGGGAAAAUUAUGACCGGGAACACGUUGUACCGUUUAUUUAUUUUAUUUAUGGACACUUCAUUUCUUUCUAUUUAUUUAGUUUCAUCCCCAGGUGAAAUCACAGAUAAGACUAUGUUCCUGUGUUGUUUGUGGUAAAACAGGCCCAGUGUUCAUGUCUUUGUAAAGCUGAGCUGAGUUCCUUCUCUAAACCUAUUGAAAGCACUAUUUGUCUUUGCCAAGUUUGUAAACACCACCUAUUAUUAAACCGCUUCGUCUGUCAGACUAA